UACGUCCCCCAUGUUAUGAAAUCCACGGGGGUAAUGUGAAUGUUAUCAACUCUAGGAAAAAACAUUCCAGGUACUGCUUUCAAGAGAGACAGAGCUGCCUUAGGCAAUGGCCUCCCCUUCACCCCACGACCGGAGUCGUCGCCCCAGCGACGACCAGGAUGAGGAGGACCCAGUGGACCAGAUGAUCAGCAGGACAGGAUGUGGGGAGCUUCACUACGCCGUACAGGAGUGCAUGGCCGAGCACCAGGACUGGAGGAAGUGUCAGAGUCAGGUCCAGACCUUUAAAGACUGUAUGAUGACCUUCCAGAAGGCCCGGAAGGAACAGCUGUUGAAGCAGAGGUCGUCUACAGAGUCGGCCUAGAAGAGCAUCGAGUAGUUUGGGUGUUUUCCUAUCUGGACUGAUAACUGAGAUAUCAACGUUUUAGUUUUGCCGUUGACAUUAUAAUUGGUUAACGUGUCUAAAACUUCCCAAAUGGUGAAUCGCAACUGAGAUUUUUUUGAGCCACAGCCCAAGACUGGCUCCAUGCUGACUGGCUCCAUGCUGACUGGCUCCAUGCUGACUGGCUCCAUGCUGACUGGCUCCAUGCUGACUGGCUCCAUGCUGACUGGCUCCAUGCUGACUGGCUCCAUGCUGACUGGGUCCAUGCUGACUGGGUCCAUGCUGACUGGCUCCAUGCUGACUGGCUCCAUGCUGACUGGCUCCAUGCUGACUGGCUCCAUGCUGACUGGCUCCAUGCUGACUGGCUCCAUGCUGACUGGGUCCAUGCUGACUGGGUCCAUGCUGACUGGCUCCAUGCUGGCUGGCUCCAUGCUGACUGGCUCCAUGCUGACUGGCUCCAUGCUGACUGGCUCCAUGCUGACUGGGUCCAUGCUGACUGGCUCCAUGCUGACUGGGUCCAUGCUGACUGGCUCCAUGCUGACUGGCUCCAUGCUGACUGGCUCCAUGCUGACUGGCUCCAUGCUGACUGGCUCCAUGCUGACUGGGUCCAUGCUGACUGGCUCCAUGCUGACUGGCUCCAUGCUGACUGGCUCCAUGCUGACUGGCUCCAUGCUGACUGGCUCCAUGCUGACUGGCUCCAUGCUGACUGGCUCCAUGCUGACUGGCUCCAUGCUGACUGGCUCCAUGCUGACUGGCUCCAUGCUGACUGGCUCCACGCUGACUGGCUCCAUGCUGACACAUAAAGCUGUAGAUGGGUCUCAACUCAUCAAGUUGUGGGAAAAGACAAGGUUAAAACACCAUACUAUCACACAGCUGAGAGCACAGAUUGGGAAGGUUAAAGGUUAAACCGCCCCUUUUCUCAGACUGUUUCCCCUCCUGAUGCGUCAAGAUUAAUAACUGACGAUUCUCUUCUCUAAAUCAAUCAUGUGGUUUAUGGCUGUGUGUGUGUUGAAAAGCUACAACAUUCACAUUUCAUUCACAGCUUAUAAUUCAUUGGUUAAAGGGUGGUGUGUGCUUGCCCUAGAGAGAGAGAUCAGUUCCUGUAGUGGCAGAGUUAACAGGCACAUUUUAAUGUGCUUGUAUUCAUUUUGACAUUAAAAGUAUAUAUGUCCCCAUCA